AUGCAGUUGAACGAGGCUCAGCUCAAAGUCGUCGCGGAGUAUGCCCAUGUCACUCCUGCUGGCCAUGUCCUCUUCCAUGGUCCUCCAGGCUGUGGUAAGACCUAUUUCAUUAGCCAGUUGAUCAAGCCAUACUUGCAACACUCGAAGAAGAUGAAGAUCAUGUUGCUCAGCCCCACCAACAACGGCGACGACAUACUCUCCCAAACAGCACGCUCGACCAUUACCGAACUUGAGACGACGCCGGCAAUUCCAACUCGCAAGGUGUAUUCGGUCAGAAUGCACACUCCAGACACCGAGCGAGACAUUGUCAUGCAGGAGACCAAGAAAGCUCGGGGCAGACCGGAAGAUGCCACACCUCCUCUUGCCGUUCAAGGACUCGACCAAGCGGACCAAGAUACCUUGACACAACUACAAACUGCCAAGAUGCUCAAGGGCCAUUACGACAUGUCUGUCAAGCAGCGUUUUGAGUUGAUCAAUGACGACCGUGUGAAUUUUCUCACCGACUUCUUGGGAUACAAGAUGCUCGAGACCUGCGGUUACUAUGAGACCGGUCCAAAGCCGGAGGCUGACAAGGCUGACAAGUCUGCCAAGUUCAAAAACUUCCUCGAGGUCUACCGCCAGUACGAAAACGGCCACGAUCUCGACAAAGCGGCCUUACAGUCGUUGAAGGAGCAUACCAAACAGCUGGAGACGCAUACUCUUUCUCAGGCCGACGUGAUGUGUUCGACUCCUGACAACAUGGCCAAUGCUCGAGUCUUUCGAUACUACAAUAAUGUCAAGCUAAUCGUGCUCGAUGACGCCGCUCGCGUUCCGGAGCCUGCUACACUCGCGGUCUAUGCUCACUACGCGGGUUGCACUGCCAUUUUCUUGAUUGGUGACAAAAUGCAACUGAAGUUUGUCGUCCCCGCCGCUUCGAAUGUGAAGGACCGCAUGGUCAACCAGCUGGAGCUCUCCUUGAUGACUCGCCUUGAGUCUGCAGGCUUUCCAACCGUGCUCUUCGACACCCAGUACCGUAUGGUACCAGAAAUUGCCGCAGUCAUCAACGACAACGUGUACCAUGGUCCUUGUUAA